AAAGACCUGGGAACGUUAGUGCGACACCAUUAGAUUCUAUAUUGCUUUGGUCAAGAAGCAUAUACCGUGGACUCCAUUGUGGUGCAAAUUUUUUUCAAAUAAUCCUUAAUGCCAACGCAACAGCCUCACUAUUUUCUUUAUUAACAAAAAAGUGGGUGCCGAUAUUCCAACAGCCACAGCCAUUGUGGAUAUAUAAG